CUCACCUGCUGAAGAAGGACUGACUGUUUAACAAGGAUCAUUCAUCAAAUUGCUUUAUAAGCUGAAAGACCCCCACUCUCUGAACCAGUUAAGACACAAUCUCCGCUGUUAUCAGAAAGACAAAAAAAUGGCCAGUUUUCGACCAGAAUUGAACAAUAUCAUCAAGCAAUAUGAAGUAAUUGAGCAUGGUACUCCUACUCGAUACAGUCUGAAACCGAAGAAAAACUCUCAUGAUGAAUCUGCACCCUACAGAAAAAUGAUUUUUGGUGAGAGAGAUAAAAACAAACCCCAUAAAAUCAUUCUGAUGGUGGGAGAAACAGGAACAGGAAAAACAACCCUACUCAAUACGAUGAUCAACUACAUGUUGGGUGUUCAGAAAGAAGACAAGGUUUGGUUUGAGAUCUCAGAUGAUCAGAGUGACCGAACAUCAGCUCACAGUCAGACCUCCAAAAUCACUGUUUAUGGGUUUUAUCAACAAACGAGUCCAAUCGAUUUAACAGUCAUCGACACUCCAGGAUAUGGAGACACUCGUGGAAUUGAUAUUGAUAAAGAGAUUGCUGGGAGUUUAUUCAGCUUAAAUAAAUCUGAAGGGAUCAAUGAAUUACAUGCAGUGUGUCUGGUGAUUAAAGCAUCACAGAAUCGACUCUCUGACAGACAAAUAUACAUAUUUGAUUCUGUUCAGUCUUUAUUUGGAAGAGAUAUUGUUGAAAACAUUGUCUUGCUCUUCACACACUCAAAUGGAAAGAAACCUAAAAAUGCCCUGACGGCUGUUAAAGAGGCUAAAAUCAAGUGUGCAGAGAAUGACAAGAAUCAGCCAGUGUUUUUCCUGUUUGACAACUGUCAGUCAGAUGCUGCUGAUGAAGAUGAAGAUGAAGAUGAAGAUGAUGAUCAAUCAUGGAAUCUCAGUUUUAAAGGAAUGGGAAAAUUCUUCAAGUUUCUUGACACAAUAAAACCAAAAUCCUUGGAGAAGACUCAAGUUGUGUUGCAGAAACGGAAGCAGUUGGAGGCAAAUAUCAAUAAUCUACAGUCACGUGUUCACCUGACAGAACUAAAACAAGAUGAGCUGAAACAAACUCAAGAAGCUCUGGAGCAGAACAAGAAAGAUGCCAAAGACAAUAAGAACUUUGAGUAUGAAGUUGAAGUGCCCUACAAAGAAUGGGCUGAUAUUAAUUCUUCUCUAGCCAGUGUAGCGAUGUGCUGCACCAUCUGUAAGGAGAACUGUCAUUAUCCAGGAUGCUGGAAGUACACCUUUUUUACAUGGUGUGAAGUGAUGAAAGAUAGUCACUGUACAGUAUGUACAAAUAGAUGCCAUCUCAGCAAACAUGUCAAAGAAGCAAAAAUAUAUGUAACAAAGACAAAGAGAGAGAAGAAAACCUAUCACAAUUUGAAGCGGAAAUAUGAAGAGAAAAGCAAGAAGGCUGAGUCUUUGGAGUCUUUGGUCAAGGAGCUGGAAAAAGAACUGCAAGAAUUAGAGAAAGAGAAAAUAAAGCUGGUGAAUGAAUCUUUUGACUGUGUGGAAACUCUGCAGAUGAUCGCUCUCAACACUGAUUCACUGAUCACACUUCUGCAUGCCGAUUUUCUGAUUGAGAAGCUGAAGGAAAUAAAUGAACCUGCAAAAGCCAAAAAAAUGGAAACGAUGAAGAAAGCUGGAGAAGAGAAAAAAGGAGCACUGGGAUACUUGAAAAGUUUAUUUAGAAAAUGAACAAAUCAUUCCUCAGUUCCUUAAAAAAUUCUGAAUCUUUAAAAGGUUUCUGAAAAUGAUUCUGCUACUUUUAAUAACAUGUCCUUCAAGUGAUGUAAAGCACAUUAAUUGUGAUUAUAUAACAUUUAACAUUUUUCUGUCAUCCAUCUUGCUUUGCUUUGGUGUAUGUUUGGAUAAAAAUGAUUAACUGAUAAUAAUUACUGACAGUCUUUUCCUGGAAACUGACAGCAGCUAAACAGUAAACAGUUACUACAAUAAGUGAGUCUAAUAUCGCUAAAGCAACAAAUAGCCAGAAUGUUAUAAUUUAUCCUAAAAGUAUAGUCAUAUGUAAUCAUGUUCACUGUUUUAACUAUAUUAUUUAGUGGCUAUAUGAGAAAAUGAAUUAUCCAAUUGGUAAAACCAAUGUUUAUUGAGAGAUUGUGAAAUACUUUUUUCUUCACUUAUCAAUAAAUCACUUUA